UAUGCUCCGCUUGAGGGGAAAACAAACUCCAAACGCGUACCGUAUCAGAUGAAGGCGGUUAUACUUGCGUGUCAUAUUUCAGGGAUACGGUGCCAACUAAGGGAUCGCAGAUGAUGUGAAAUUCAUGAGAUUUUGCCGACAGUCUUGGGUGCGCGCGCUUCUUUUUAGUAUUGUACCUUACGUAUUUUGAAAGGCCGUACACACUUUUUGUCGGCUUUUUCAGCUGCGUUGUAAACAUUUGUCAAACUUUAUUUCAGUUGCACCCAACGUGCCCUGCUCCGGCCGAACGAUUCGAUAACUUGCAAUGGCGGCCGAAGUGGAAGAGACGCUGAAACGCAUCCAGUCGCACAAGGGUGUUAUUGGAACGAUCAUCGUCAACUCGGAGGGCAUCCCGAUCCGAAGCACGAUGGAGAACUCGCUGACGGUGCAGUACUCGGGCCUCAUCAGCCAGCUGAACGACAAGGCACGCUCGACCGUGCGCGACCUGGACCCCACCAACGACCUCACCUUCCUGCGCAUCCGCUCCAAGAAGCACGAGAUCAUGGUGGCGCCCGAUAAGGAAUAUCUUCUGAUAGUGAUACAAAACCCAAACGAGUAGACGACGAAAGGCUGAUCGUCACCAUGGAGGUCCGCACGGAGGCAGCUGACGUUGCCGCUCCACCGAGGAUCAUCACCAGUGGGGACACGAUCGCUAUAGUUAUUUAUUGAUGCCUUGGGCGUCGUGCGGUCGCACAUUCCAUCUAUUGUAGACGGCAGCGCUGUGUGCGGCCUGCUGGCCUGGGCUAUUUUGUCGGGCGUCUGGACGGAAAGCUGCUGCUCGAAGCCACCUCGGGUGCUCUCCUGUACCCGGACAUGACCUUUCAUGGUUGUGGAUGAUCUGCGAGCAAAUUUUUCAUCUCAACAAUGCAAUGUAGACGUGUAUCGGAAAUAAAUUAUUGUGCGCGGUUUGGA